AUGACGGAGCAGUUUGUCGACAAGAAAGAGACGGAGUCCGCAAGCACGCAGAAUCUGCUGGCCCAUCUUUCAAAUGAUGUGGAGCUUUAUCACAAACGUGUCCAGCAGAAAAGGCAGCUGAAAGAGCAACUGGAUAACGGCGAAAAGAAGCAGAAGGUGAACGCGUCGGAGCCGGAGAGCGCCAACAAGGAGGAGAGUGUGCCGCAGACGGAAAAUGCCGAUUUACGCAAGGAACAAGAAGGCCACGAGACGUCGAAGAUCGAUUUGAGCGCCUCGGCUUUCGUUUCGCCGGCUUUGCCUGUGGUAAACGAUUCGCAGACGCGAUCACGUGCCUGGACCAAGGCCGAAGACGACGCUAUCGUUUACUACAAGGAGGAGAUGAAGUAUUCGUGGAAAGAAAUUGAAAAGAUGUUGAAUGGUAGACAUUCGUGGCAAGCGAUCCAGAUGCGGUACCUACGCAAUCACAAGUCGCGUAACGACUCCUGGUCGCGGUUCAUGGAGCUGCGCCUUGUGAAUGCGAUACGGAAGGACUGGGAAAACAGAUGGAAGCGGAUCAGCAAGGACCUUGGGAACGAUCUAACGGUAGAGCGUUGCAUAAUGAAAAAUAUAGAGCUGUGCAAGAAGAUGGACGACCCCAUUUUUGGCAAAAUGUUCUCGAACAAAGAGAUCACGCAAGGGUACGGCAACCCUAACAACGAUAUUAAAGACGAGGAGAGCCACAGAAAGCUGAUGCUGGUGUACAUGGGGCUUGACUCCAUUAGCUACGAGUCAGAUGAGGGAGAGCAGGCAGAGGGAGCGACUGAUGAGGGUGCAGAAUGA